ACUAAGUCUGUGCCCUAAAUGCGCCUAAAUGUGUUCGGCUACGGUGUUCGGUUUGGAUAUGCCAAAGAGUAGUAUUGAAAACAAAAUCAAAUUGAUGAAAACCAAACAAGUGAGAAAAAAUAUUAUGAAAUACGUAGGACGAAUACAACUAUAAAUAUUUGAUAGUUUCAUCAAAGCUGAAUAUAAUAUAAUGUCCGAUGACGAGGUUAUACGUUUUGAAAUUACAGACUAUGAUUUAGACAAUGAAUUUAAUCCCAACAGAGGUAGAAAAGCAAAAAAGGAACAACAAAUUUACGGUGUUUGGGCAAAAGACAGCGAUGAGGAAGAUAAUGAAGACAACAUUAGGCAGAGAACUCGAAAACAGAAAGACUUCUCUGCUCCCAUUGGCUUUGUGGCUGGUGGGGUGCAGCAGGCUGGCAAGAAGAAAGAACAGAAGAAAGAAAUAGAAUCAUCUGAUGCAUCAACUUCAAGACCAACAUUUGCAGCUGAUAGUUCUGAUGAAGAAAGUCCAGUUAACCCAGACGAGAGAGAGACAGCAGGGUUGAGACGAAUGGGACAGGGAAUGCGGCCUCCUAACCUAGGAGGCAAUGUGGGUGCCUGGGAAAAACAUACAAAAGGAAUUGGUGCUAAGUUGCUCUUACAGAUGGGUUAUAAACCUGGUAAAGGUUUGGGUAAAGACCUCCAGGGUAUCUCAGCUCCUGUGGAAGCUACUUUGAGAAAAGGAAGAGGAGCUAUUGGUGCUUAUGGUCCUGAGAAAGCAGCUCAAAAAGCUAAGAAAGAAGAAGAGCGUCGCUUAAAAGAGAAGGAGGAGAAAGAGAAAGGCACUACAGAGAAAACUUACAAUUGGAAAAAGUCACACAAGGGUCGCUAUUUCUACCGAGAUGCUGCAGAUGUUAUACAAGAGGGAAAACCGACAAUGCAUACCAUAUCCAGCAAUGAGUUGUCCCGGGUGCCCGUGAUAGAUUUGACCGGUCGUGAGAAGCGCGUGUUAUCCGGCUAUCACGCGCUACGUGCGGCCGCGCCACGGUUCGAGCACGAGCCCCGACGUGAGUGUAGACAUUUCGCCGCGCCACAACUCGCGCAUAAUCUGGAGCUAGUCGUCGACUGUUGUGAACAGGAUAUAAUCCAAAACGCUAGAGAACUUCAAACGGCCGAAGAUGAAAUUGUAGUUCUGCAGAGGGAACUGGAGGAGUGCGAUGCGAAAUUGACAGAGCAGGACGAGGUGAUAAGCAAGAUGCAAGGGAUCAUAAGGCGCGUACAAGAAUUGGCUGAACCAGAUGUUUCUUUGGAAAUGGCCCACGAAGUUUUGGCUGAUCUGAAGGAGACAUAUCCUGCUGAGUAUGAAGUGUUCGGCUUGGGAACAAUAGCUGGUAACAUAGUGAGUCCACUACUCAGUGCUCUUUUAGCCACCUGGCAGCCCCUGGAGAAUCCUGAAGAACCCAUACCUACGUUCCUCAAGUGGAAGAAACUGCUGACUGAUGAAGCUUAUAGCAGCCUGCUAUGGCAACACUAUGUACCGCAUAUUAACACUGCAGCUGAGUCGUGGAAUCCUCGCGUGCCCGGUCCUAUGUUGCGCGCCCUCACGAGUUGGUCCGAGGCGUGUCCGCAGUGGGUGGUGUCCGCCGCCGCCGCCCGGUGCGUCGUGCCCAAGAUACUGGACGCCGUCAACAAGUGGGACCCCACCGGCGAUACUCAGCCGCUGCACCAGUGGGUGCUGCCGUGGCACGAAAUAGCAGGGGAAGCGCUAGCCCGCGGCACAUAUCCGGCGAUCAGGUCUCGUUUGGCCACUGCACUGGGGGCGUGGCACCCCGCGGACCCUUCCGCUCGGACUCUGCUGGCGGCGUGGAGGCACGCUUGGGGCUCCGCCCUCACCGCCAUGCUUCAUCAGCAUAUAGUACCCAAGUUAGACCACUGUCUGCAACACGGCGCUUUAGAUCUGGUGGGAAGUGGCAACGCCGCGUGGCUCUGGUGUGUUGACUGGCUGGAAUUGCUUGGCGCGCCAACUCUGGCCGCGAUAGCGUCACGUGCGUUGUUGCCACGAUGGUUGGCAGCAUUGGCUGCUUGGCUGAAUACAAACCCACCUCACGCCACUGUCCUUACAUCAUAUACAGAUUUCAAGAAAAUGUUCCCAGAGGAAGUUUUGAAAGAACCGGCGGUUCGCGAUGCAUUUCGUAAAGCUUUGGACAUGUUGAACCGUAGUACAGACAUAGAUUCAGUGGAGCCACCUCCACCGCCACGUUUCACAGUUACUGAAGCACCAAAGGAAACUUCUAGAAUAGCUGAUGUUCUAGCUUUAAGCACACAACAGAAAUCCUUCUCGGAAUUACUGGAGUCUCGUUGUAUCGAAAAGGGGAUAACGUUCGUGCCUAUAGCGGGGAAAACGAGAGAAGGAAGACCAUUGUAUAAGAUUGGUGACAUGCAGUGUUACGUCAUUAGAAAUGUGAUAAUGUAUUCGGAAGAUAAUGGUAGGACGUUCGGUCCUAUCAGUAUGGACAGACUGAUAGCUAUGGUUGAAGAUUGAGUGUAUUAUAGUUUAUAUAAAUGAAUGUGUAUAUGAAUAAAUAAAUUAUUAUAUAAAAUC